AUGCCUAUCGGUAUUGUUGUUGUUUACGUAAACAUGUUUAUCGCACAUUGAGUAAAAUCCCUAUUCUGUUUAUAGAUUUUCUUGUCGUCAAAGACCCAAAACUGCUCCGAGCGGCUCGGGGACAUUUUGUUCGGAACAAAUUCCAUUCGCACCGGCAAAACAGUACCAAGACCAAGACACCGGUCGUCGAGAUGAGUUCUGACGGAGACGACGUCGUUGUGCCGCUUACGUGGCAAUUUUUUUCAUUAAAUACCGAAAGUAGCAAAAACAUUGCGUUGGUUGGAUGGACGGAAUAA